AGGAAAUUAGGACGCACGGACGGACUGACGCCGCUGCUCUCAGCGACAUGUCAUAACAUGUUAGCUCUGCUAGCCCGUCUGGCAUUUUCAAACUGACCUCUUCGGUUUCGGUCUGCUGCUGUAAAACUUCUCUAUUGACCGCGACCGCUUUUAAAAGCCACCUCUUUAUCAGUCUGCUGCAAUGUGCGCAUAAACGGAGGCUCGGUAGUCCUCAAUUGUUAUCUUUUAUAAGCUAAUAUAUAUAUUUUUUUAUGGUAAGCUAGUUGUUUAUAUCACGUAGAUCUCGCGAGAACUUGUCAGCAACGAGGUGACGAAACGGUUGCCAUAGUUACAGAGUAGUUGGAUUCUUGUCGGUUUUGUCAUUAAAUAUAAAUAUAUAUAUGUAUAUAUUUAAAUCAUUUCAUAGAAGCUAUUGGAAUUGAUUAUACUAUAUUUUUAUUCACUUCGGAGGGUCUUGUUACACUUCCGUUUUCGAUGACGCGUUUUUGAGGAGGAGCUAAUUUGACAUAACUUCCUGCGCGGGAAAUUCACUGUGUGCCACCGAGAAACUGGAGCAGAACACUGUAGUGCAGAGUACUGGUUAGUAGUAGCUUUUUAUUAUUCGUGCACUGUCGAGUUUUAACUGUGCAAACUUUGCCAACAUGCCCGUCCUAGAAGUUACAGGCGCCUCUGCAGUUUCUCCAUCAAAGAGGGCAAGAACAGAAACACCAGCUGCUGAAGUAAGACCUGUCCUCAGGUUUGCCAAACUGUCUGAACAUGCCAUGACACCUACCAGAGGCUCGACUAAAGCAGCAGGAUACGACCUGUACAGUGCAUAUGAUUACACCAUUGGGCCUAUGGAUAAGGCCAUUGUGAAGACAGACAUUCAGAUAGCAGUUCCACAUGGCUGCUAUGGAAGAGUAGCCCCCAGAUCUGGACUGGCAGCAAAACACUUCAUCGAUGUUGGCGCUGGAGUUGUAGAUGAAGACUACAGAGGAAACGUGGGCGUUGUGCUCUUCAACUUCAGCAAGGACACAUUUGAAGUGAAAAAGGGCGACAGAGUUGCUCAGCUGGUGUGUGAGAAGAUCUGCUACCCAGAUCUAGAGGAGCAAGAGACACUGGAUGACACAGAGCGUGGUGCUGGAGGCUUCGGAUCCACUGGACGCAACUGAACGCUCCAAAGUGGAGUGGAAAUGUACUGUAUCUGUUUAAAUAUAUGGAUUAGGGUGCUAAUAAAGCUCUUGUUUCGUA